AUGAGCGGCAGAGGAAAGGGCGGGAAAGGACUCGGUAAAGGAGGCGCUAAGCGUCACCGUAAAGUUCUCCGUGAUAACAUCCAGGGAAUCACCAAACCCGCCAUCCGCCGUCUGGCUCGCCGCGGCGGAGUGAAGCGUAUCUCCGGUCUGAUCUACGAGGAGACCCGCGGUGUGCUGAAGGUGUUCCUGGAGAACGUGAUCCGUGACGCCGUCACCUACACCGAGCACGCCAAGAGGAAGACGGUGACCGCCAUGGAUGUGGUGUACGCCCUGAAGAGACAGGGCCGCACCCUGUACGGGUUCGGAGGCUAAACCACCGGGACUCCACCUCACCAACAACGGCUCUUUUAAGAGCCACUCACUCCGUCUAAGAACCAGAGAUCCUGAUAUUGUAGUUAUGUGUAAGCAAGUUAACUUAUUAAAGGUCAAGGAUAUUAUGAAUGUGUCUUAAAAUGAGCGUUGCCCACAACAGAACACAUAUAGAUUAAUACUUGCAAGU